AUGCACCGACAGAAUUUUAGACCCCCGACCCCUCCUUAUCCAGGCUCUGGUGUAGGAAACUGGGGUAAUGGAAGCAGCUUCCGAGGUACCCCGGGCGGGAGCGGGCCGCGGCCGCCCUCUCCUCGGGACGGUUACGGGAGUCCGCACCACACACCACCGUACGGGCCCCGGUCUAGACCCUAUGGAAGCAGCCAUUCGCCACGACAAGGCGGCAGCUUCCCGGGGGGCCGGUUCGGGUCCCCAUCCCCUGGCGGCUACUCUGGCUCGUACUCCAAGUCUCCCGCGGGGUCCCAGCAGCAAUUCGGCUACUCCCCCGGGCAACAGCAGACCCACCCCCAGGGCUCUCCAAGGACCUCUACACCAUUUGGAUCAGGGCGUGGUAGAGAAAAAAGAAUGUCUAAUGAGGUGGAAAGUUAUUUUAAGCCUUCAAUGCUUGAAGACCCUUGGGCUGGCCUAGAACCAAUAUCCGUAGUGGAUAUAAGCCAACAGUACAGCAGUACUCAAACAUUCACAGGCAAAAAAGGAAGGUACUUUUGUUAA